GUUCUGGGUGGCAAUAAUUCAUCACCAUCAAUUAGCUGCCCAUCGAUUGAUGCUCUCAUUGCAAAGACUAGGAUGUAUCAGGCCAAUAGACAUGCAUGGUGCAGAGGGGUUGUUGCCUUUCCCCUCUCUCCCCAAAGGAGUACAUCUGAGCUGAUGUUCUACCAACCAAGCAAACAAGAAGGAAAUGAACGGCCUUUCGAGGCCAUAUGCUUAAAAAAUGCAGGUUGGACUCCCACUGCCGUGUCCGUCAACGCAGGACAACAUUCACAGCCCAGUCCUCCCAAUUUGGAGCCAUCCGAGCAUUGCUCACUGCCCCCUUGGAGCUACUGUGAUCAGUGGCACAGUACAUGCCAACUUGGAUAGAUCCCCUGGCUGUUUACUUGGACCUCCGCCUUUCUUCCCCUUAAAGCACACUCUUUUAAGCUCAUCAAGAGAUCCCUUCCACUGGUCCCUAAUAUUUCUUUUUGUUACUUGUUACUGGUACAGGAUCGAGAAAGCUUGCUUCUUGGUCACAGUUUUAUCUUUUGGUGAUGGGAAGAGCACUCCUACAGGGUUUCCUUCGACAGCCCCCGCUCCUUUUGUUCCCUCUCGGCCUACUACUACUCCCUAUUGGUGUUUUUGGCUAUAAGCUUUCAUUCAACCAACACGCCUUCGGAAUGAGACGCGGUAAGAUGGGUCGGCGAUGCGGGCUUUCUUGUCGGUGUAUCAUCUGCGUCGUGAUGGUUGCUUCGGCGAUCUAUCGAGUGGAAGGGCUCAGUAUGGUUCUAUCAGAAGUUUCAUCUGUCUAUCCUGCACAGAAUAAAGAGAUAAAUUCUGAGAGCACAACUGCACCUCGUUCGGCCUCUUUACCUAAAGUGGCCUUUUCGCCUAUAGAUGGAGCUGUAACCCCAGGUGUCCUCCCAGUUAUGCCAUCUGUUGCAUCUCCUGCUCCAUCUGUUCAUGUGACAGCAGGACAUAAGAGGCCGAGAGCUAGUGUUCCAUCUCUAAAGAAUCAACCAAAUGCUAAUAUUGCAUCAGGUCCACCAAGGUAUUCACGGCCUGGCCCAUCCAACAAGUCACUGAUUAGACCAAGAAAAGCUCCAACAACUGCAUUUUAUCCACCUGCUAUAGAUCUCCAUGGAUCUGUGGCACCACCAAAAUCAAGAACCUCCCCUUUCAGCAGUGCGAAGAGAGAUGGCACGCCAGUUGCUGCACCCCCAACUGAAAUGCAUAGACAUUUGGUCCCAACAAAUAAUUCACCCUCAAAAGCUCCUAUGGUUACUCCAGCUCCUGAAGUCAUCCCCAAGUAUAGCCGACCACAUCAUGCUUCACCCUUUCAUCAAGGCCCCUCUUUUUCUCCAACCCUGGCUCCAGCUCCUUCACAAUCAUCACCAAUUCCUUCUGGCUCAAAUGAGUGGCUAAAUCAUUCUCCUACAAUUUCUCCUAGCUCUCAUCCUGUGACCUCAAGUGCAGCCCCACCGCCGCCUAUCUGGUUGCUGCCACCUCCACCUCCUAACAUGGAUUGCAAUUGGUUAAUCUGCACAGAGCCUUCAACAAAUCCACCUCCAGGAUCACCAUGUAUUUGUGUCUUGCCAAUUAGAGUUGGUCUUCGUCUUAGUGUUACACUAUAUACAUUCUUUCCUUUGGUCCCUCAGUUUGCUGAAGAAAUUGCCUUUGGAAUCUAUAUGAAACAAAGUCAAGUGCGCAUUAUGGGAGCAAAUGUUGCCAGCGACGAGCCAGAGAACACAAUUGUCCUCAUUGAUUUGGUGCCUAGAGAAGAGCUGUUUGACAAUACUACAGCAUUUUUAACAUUCGAGAAGUUUUGGCAUAAGGAUAUCGUCAUAAACACAUCACUUUUUGGUGAAUAUGCUGUUUUAUAUGUUCUUUAUCCAGGGCUUCCUCCAUCUCCACCAAGAGCACCAGCCGAUAUUAAUUUUGGUGAUGGGACAUCUGGUAAUAGCAAUAAUGGAAGGACGAUAAAGCCCCUUGGUGUUGAUGUGAGAAAACAAAAGGAGAAGACCAGUGGAAACUUAAUUGCUGUUAUUGUUCUAUCAUCAUUUGUAGCACUCACUUUAUGUGUGGGUGCUGCAUGGUUCCUGUUAUUGAAAAAAAGAUGUCAUAGUCAUAUGGCUGCAGCACAUCUGCAUAAAGUGCUGCCAUUAUUUGCAAGAACCUCAGGGACCAAACACAUGAUGUUGGGAAAUAGGCCUUGUUCAGAAUCUGCUUCCUUCAGUUCUAGUGUUGCAACAUAUACUGGAUCAGCAAAGACAUUUACUCUGGCCGAAAUUGAAAAGGCUACAAACAGAUUCGAUGAAAGUAAAAUUAUUGGAGAAGGUGGUUUCGGACGAGUCUACCAAGGCACGCUUGAAGAUGGAAUCAGAGUGGCUGUGAAGGUUCUUAAGAGAGAUGACCAGCAGAGUGGACGGGAGUUUUUUGCGGAGGUCGAGAUGCUAAAUCGUUUACAUCACAGGAACUUGGUCAAGUUGAUUGGUAUCUGCAUGGGGGAAGCUGCACGAUGCCUUGUUUAUGAACUAGUUCCAAAUGGAAGCGUGGAAUCUCACUUGCAUGGUAAGCAAAGAGUGGACAAGGAAACUGCUCCGCUCGACUGGAAUUCUCGUAUGAAGAUUACACUUGGUGCAGCUCGAGGCCUUGCCUAUUUGCAUGAAGAUUCAAGCCCUCGGGUCAUACAUCGAGAUUUCAAGUCCAGCAACAUCUUACUCGAGCAUGAUUACACUCCCAAGGUAUCGGAUUUUGGCCUGGCUCGAGCUGCUUUAGAUGAGGGGAAUUUGCACAUCUCAACGCGAGUUAUGGGAACUUUUGGUUACGUAGCACCAGAAUAUGCAAUGACGGGGCACCUUCUUGUCAAGAGCGAUGUCUACAGCUUCGGCGUUGUACUUCUUGAGCUGCUUACUGGUAGAAAACCGAUCGACAUGUUACAACCGCCAGGUCAGGAAAAUCUGGUCACAUGGGCUCGUCCUCUUCUCACAAAUAUGGAUAAUUUGGAGAUGAUCGUUGAUCCAGCUCUUGCAAUGAAUGUACCGAUUGACAGCAUCGCGAAAGUUGCGGCCAUUGCAUCCAUGUGUGUUCAGCCAGAAGUCUCUCACCGUCCAUUUAUGGGGGAGGUAGUUCAGGCCUUAAAGUUAGUAUGUAACGAAUGCAAUCAGAACAUAGGAACUGAGAGUUGUAGCCAGAAUGAGCUACCUAAUCGAGACACAGCAGCUAGGGUCAGUAAUGGGUCAGGUCUUGAAGCUGAAAGGGUACUUUUGGCAUCUGAUAUAUUAAGUACAUCAGCAAGGUUUGAUCAGGAUGAAUCUGGCUCAUUUCAAAUGCACUCAAACUCAGGUCCUCUGAUCAUGAGCAAGAGCAGACAGUUUUGGCAACGACUGAGAAGCCUGUCUACAGGAAGCAUAAGCGAGCGUGGAGCUGCACAAAGAUUUGGGAUAGGUUCGGAAUGUGGUGAACAGUGGUCAUAGGAAAUGCUUGCCAACAGUAAUUGCCGAUGUUACCUGACAAUCUAAGAUUCAAGAACUAGCAUAGCAGCUCCAAGCAUUAGUAGGAUUGUGCAAAUUGUAUAGCCGAAGUUACUUUAGGAAUAGAGAAAAAACGAGCACCAAAUCAGAUGCACAUUUCCAGCAUUGCAAAAGAUCAUUAUGUGGCAUUCUCAAUAUCAAGGUAUGUUUCUGGGUCUCAUUGUGCUGAUGGCUUAUAAUAAAUUUCUGGAUCUCGUGGAGCCGAUGGAUUACAAGUGACUUUCUGGCUUAUAAGAAUCUGAGUAGUUCUUUAAUGAUCGGUCAUGACUACAAAUUUUUUGGAUGAUCAGCUCAUUCUUUGUCUGUCCGAAAUAAUUUAAAAGAAGAGUUGUUUCCUUUUCCUUUAGAUUUGGAAAGCCUUUGUGAUACAAGGCAUCUAGUUUUCAGAUCAUUGCACCAUGUAAAAUGCUUAUGAGGACCUUUUUCAAUCAAUCUAGCCUAUCUGUUCUUCCA